GCGUCUUCUAGCACAGUUUACCGGUUGCCUUCUGACCGACAGAUCGAACUUACACCAAUCGAGCGCAGUGCACUCAAUCAAACGAUUAUCCUCCAGUGCCAGGAAGUGGCAGGAUACCAGCAAGUGAAAAGUGUUUGUGUACAGAAUAAACUCAAAUCAAAAACCCAAAUCAUGUUCAAGUUCGUGUGUUUGUUCGCGCUGAUUGCCUCCACGGCAGCAGCCGCUUCGGAGGCCGACAGCCUGCUCACCAGCGCCCUCAAGAUGGUCAAGGACUGUGGCGAGCGUUCGAUGGUCUUGUGCAUGAAGGAACGCGCCUUGCACUAUUUCGAUAACGAGAACGGAGAUGUGCGACUAACCGAGGGCAUUGCCCUGGUCAAGACCGACGACAUCCCGGUGGGCCGUUCCCUGAACGACGUCCAGCUGCCCGAGGAGGUGGAGGCUCGCGAGGCCGAGGUUGACUCGUUGCUGGUGGAGCGUGUGGCCCGAUUCUUCGGCACCCACACCCUGCAGUUCAAGGUGCCCAAGGACUCCAUCCAGGAUAUGCAGCGCGCCCUCGAAGAAUCCCGUGGCAAGAAGAAGGAGAAAAAGAAGUACCUGAUGCCCCUGCUGAUGCUCUUCAAACUGAAAAUGGCCGCCCUCCUGCCCCUGGCCAUUGGCUUCCUGGCCCUGAUCUCCUUCAAGGCCCUCGUGAUCGGCAAGAUCGCCCUGCUGCUGUCCGGCAUCAUUGGGCUGAAGAAGCUGUUGGAGUCGAAGAAGGAGAACUACGAGGUGGUGGCGCACCCCCACUACGAGCACGAGCACAGCUACGGACGAUCCCUGCAGCAGGACUCCCAGGCGCAGCAAAUGGCCUACGCGGCGUACAAGCAAUAAGCCAAAAACGCAACCGCAGCAGCAGUAGCAGCAACCAUCAGUGCAAUACUCGGAGGGCCGUCUAAUUUAUUCUAUUUAUUUAAUUUAUUUGUAUAGCAUAGUUCAUGCCAGGCUUAAACACAUAAGGCGCCAUCAACGAUUUGAGACACAAACUAAAGCAAACUUACAAAAAUGAAGGAAACCAGAAGCACCCAUAGUGUAUAAGUUGAAACAGAUUGCAAAAAAGAAGGGGUUGAGCGAGAGGGGGCAGCCUAAGCCAUUUAAUUUUAAUCUUAAUCUCACAAAUGACUGCAACUUUUGUAUUAAUACUCAGAGCUUUACUAUUGACUACAGCUUAAAAACUCUACUCUUAAACUUAACUCAACUGCUUAACUCUGAACUGCUGAAAGGCUCGGCCACGCCCCCUUAGCACUGCCACGCCCCUUUCUACCAAACAGAAAUCCACAAUAAAAGAAAUGCCGCAUUUA